AAUGAUAAGGUUAAGGAAUAUUAUUGGAUCUGUUAUUCAAUUUUAAACUUCCUUAUUUCGAUUUUCUACUCAAAAUCCACUACCACCUUCUGAUUAAUCAUAUAAAAAGGUGUUAUUCUCAGGAAAGAGUGUUGAUAUUUAAAAGAAAUAAAAUUAAAAAUAAGAAUAGAAACAGUAAUAUUAACAAAAAAAAGAGUUUAAUGAAAAUUAAUAGAAUGAAAAAAGUACUCCACAUAAGAAAUAAGAGAGACAAUUUGAUAGAUAAUAAAAAUAAAAAUUUGAUGAUCCUAGACCUUAAAGAAAUGAAAGAGAACGUAGAUCACCUGAAUAAUAAUAAUAAUAAUAAGAUACUCCAAAAAAAACAGGAAUUUUAUUUGGAAAUAAAAAUAAAGAUCAUAGAUAAAUUGGAGCAAGAUAUAUGAGUAAAAGAGGGUUCAAUUAAAUUCUGAAAAAAAAAUAAGAGACAGAAAAAUAAAAUGAAAAGAUCUUUAUAGAUUAACUUAAUGAAGCUUAAAAUAUUCAAAAUAUUCAUGAAAGAAAUUCAAAAUUAAUUGAUAUUUAUGCUAGUCAAAAUAAAUGGGAUAAAGUUAAAGAUAUAUUUAAAUCAGAAAAGUAAUUUAAUUCUGGUGUCUAUUCAGCUUACAUAAAUUAAAUAGCUUCUCAAUCUGUUGAUCUUUAAGACUAUUAACAUCUUAAAGAUAUUAUAAAUAAAUUAGGUGAUAAAGUUCAUACUCUUUAACCUGAAGCAUUUCAAUCUCUUUACUUUAUGAUAUUCAAUCUUGAUUUGUUUCCAAAUGAAAAAGUACUCCAUAUUAUUAAUAAUUAUAAUAGGCUAAAGAAUUAGAAUAUCUUAUUGAUAUUGUUACAACUCAUCAUUUAACUCCAUAAUUUGAUCUAACAUAUUUUUAAACUCUUUUUGAAGAAUAAUCAUUAGAGAGUGAAAAAAUAAGUCAUUUAAUGGUCAUUAAAGUUUUUAAUUAAUAUUUUGAAAGACAUGCUUAAUAGAAUAAAGGUAAAUUAUCAGUAGAUUUACCAAAUUUAAAUAUAGCAUUUGCAUAAGCAGUUAAAUCAACUAUUUACUAUAAUACCAAUGAGGCUUAGAAUUUCCUUAAUAAUUUGAAAGGCCUUUAAUAAUUAGCUGAAAAUAAUGUUAAAAUAGAUGACUUGGUUAGAUAUGCAUAAUAGUAUAUAAAAUUUAAAUAUUUAGUAUUUCCUUAAAAGAAAAUUCUUUUUCAUAAUUAUUGGAAUUAUUCAAAGGAAUCAGAAAUCCUAAUUUUAUAUUCUUAUUUGAAUAAGCAUUAAAAAAAUUAGAUUCAAAUGGUAUGGAAGUGAAAGCCAUAGAUAAAGAAUAAUUAGAAAAAAUCUAUUUUGAAAAAGUAGACAAUUUACCUGUUAGAUAAGCUGAACUAUUUGGUUUAUUUGCUGAUCGAUUCCAAUAUCCUGAAUUUUUAGUUGAAAUCUUUUAGAACCAUAAAUAAAAUAAGUAAAAUGAAUAUUCUAGUUUUUUGUAUCAAAAAGCAAUUGGAGUAUUAAUAGAUAAAUCAGGAGGAAAAAAUGUAAGUAAUGCUGUGGUAAUAUUUAUAAUUAUUUAUUAAGAUGACUUUAAUGUAAGAGGCCAAUAAUUUCAAAGUACCAUUAUCAAAAGUGAAUUAUUAAAUCAAUCAAAUUAAGGCUCAUAUUAUAGAAGGUCAAUAUCAAUUGGCUUACAAUCUCUUUACAUAAAAUGUUAUAGAUGAUAUAAUUCUGUCAUUUUAGAAGUAUAUUAUUUAUAAUAUCCAAUUUUAGAGAGAAAAUUAGAAGAUUUUUGUAUAAAUAUGUUCAAAAAAUUCAUAUAGGCACAAAAUUCAGAUUAAGAUAUAAUAUGAAAACAUAUUAAAAAAAAAUUUAACAUGUUGAUGAAUUUAUAAGAAAUCUUUCAGAUAAAUAACUAUUUGAUUUUUAUAAGGAAGAGAGAUCAGAUAAUUUCUUAUUGGAAUCUUUAAUUUAAUAAGAGGAUAUAUUUGAAUUUAAUAAACAGAUUGCAUAUAGAGAGGCUUUUAAUUAAAUUAAGAGUGAGGUAGCACAUGGUACAUUUGACUAUUAAAAAUUGUAAUUAUUAUAUUUUGAAUAAAUUAGAAUACAACCAAUUACAGAGAGUGAAUAGAUUCUUAGAGAGGUGUUUGAUAAUUAUGAAUAUUAUGUUAAAAUUGAAAAGAAGUUGUUAUUUGAUGAGAGAAAGAGAAAGAGAAUUUAGGAAGUGAUAAAUUAAUUAAGAUCACGUUCUGGUUAGAGAAGAACAUAUGAAUAAACAAUAGCCGAAAUUGAGGGUCUUUUUAAGAAAAGUACUAUUGAAUAUGGACUAAUGAGAAAUGAUUUGAUUGAAUUUCCAGAAGUUGAAUAAAUUUAGUAAAUGUAAUUAAGUAUGAAUUUUAUUUAAAUUAUAUAGAAAUGAAAAAAGAAUUAAAAAAAUUAGGUUUGUCAAAUGAGAAAUACAAGGCAAAUGUAAUAACAUUUUAACCAUUGUAAAUAAAUUCUUAAAAAGAAUAAGAAGUUAUUGAAUAAAUUCCUAAUGAAAUUCUAAAAAAAGAUAAUGAGACUAAUAAAUAAAAAGGAAAAUCUUAGAAAGCUGCUUUUAAAUCAGUUGAUAAAUUAAUUGAUGAUUAUAUAGCUAAAGCUAGAGAUGAUUAAAAGAAUUUAAGAAAUCUUGAAAAAUGGAGAAGAUAUCUCAAAAUUAUGUAUUCAGGUAUAUAAUUUAAACAUAAAAUGUAAACUGAUAAAGAAUUCUUUAAAAAAAUGAUUCGUUAAAAAUAUUAAUUUGGUUCACAUGAUGAUGGUAUGAAAGAAUUGAUUAAUCUAAAAUUAAAGAAAAAAAUGCUAAUUCGUAAAAGAAGAUGGUUUACAAGAAAUAGAUUAAGAGAAAAACCUCCAAAAAUAUCUGUAUUUAUUAAUGGAAGGGUUUCAUUAAGUGAUUUCCAAUUUAUGAAAUACAUUUAUUAUAAUGCUUAUACUUAAUAUGAUGAAUAUAUAAAUGUGCCUCCUAGUAAUUAUCAAAGUGAAAUUUGGGAUUUAUUAGCAUGGGGUAUAUAAAAUCAAGAACCUAUGGGUAUUUAAUUUAAUUAAUUAAUUUAGCUGUGAAAUUAACAGAAUUAUAUAGUAAUACUUGUGGUGCUAAAAUGCCAGAAUAUUUAUCAAAAUUAGUAGCAAACUUUUAUAAAUGUGAAGUAGGAGAAACAAGUAAUUUAUAUGUUUAUUGUGAUAGAUUCCUAGGUUAGAUAAAGAUGGAUUUAAUCAAUGGAAAUUGUUAAUGAUAUUAGUACUAAUAAAGUAUAUUCACAUACAAAUGAUCAAGCAUUUGUCUCCCAAUAGGAUAUUGAGUUUUUACAUGCAAUGGAAUGCAAACAAGAAUAUAAAGGAAUAUGUAGAGCAUUAUUGAAUACAACUCAUUCCUAUCGUAAAUAUGUUAGAUAUGGUGUAUCAUAAAAAGAAUUGUUGGUGUGAU